CAUCCAACCUUGCCCAGAUGUGAAAUACGGCAAACGUAUCCACGUGCUGCCAAUUGAUGACACAGUAGAAGGGAUCACGGGGAACCUGUUUGAGGUCUAUCUCAAGCCCUACUUCCUGGAAGCAUACAGACCCAUCAGGAAAGGUGACAUCUUCUUGGUACGUGGAGGAAUGCGUGCAGUGGAGUUCAAAGUGGUGGAGACAGAUCCAAGUCCGUACUGCAUAGUGGCUCCAGACACAGUGAUCCAUUGUGAAGGAGAGCCCAUCAAACGAGAGGAUGAAGAGGAGUCACUGAAUGAAGUGGGCUAUGAUGACAUUGGUGGCUGCCGGAAGCAGCUGGCUCAAAUUAAAGAGAUGGUGGAGCUUCCCCUCCGACACCCUGCUCUCUUCAAGGCCAUAGGGGUGAAGGUAGCCUCCACUCCACGUGGGAUCCUGCUGUAUGGUCCUCCUGGCACUGGUAAAACACUGAUUGCCCGAGCAGUGGCCAAUGAAACAGGAGCUUUCUUCUUCCUGAUCAAUGGUCCUGAGAUCAUGAGCAAGCUGGCUGGUGAGUCUGAGAGCAACCUGAGGAAAGCCUUUGAAGAAGCAGAGAAGAAUGCCCCUGCCAUCAUCUUCAUUGAUGAACUGGAUGCCAUUGCUCCUAAGAGAGAGAAGACACAUGGAGAGGUGGAACGUCGCAUCGUGUCUCAGCUGCUGACCCUGAUGGAUGGCCUGAAGCAGAGAGCACACGUGAUCGUUAUGGCAGCCACCAACAGACCCAACAGCAUUGACCCAGCACUCAGGAGAUUCGGUCGUUUUGACAGAGAGGUAGAUAUUGGUAUCCCAGAUGCCACUGGGCGCCUGGAGAUCCUGCAGAUCCACACAAAAAACAUGAAACUGGCUGAUGAUGUGGAUCUGGAACAGGUGGCAAACGAGACCCAUGGCCAUGUUGGUGCUGACUUGGCUGCUCUUUGCUCAGAAGCUGCUCUUCAGGCUAUCAGAAAGAAGAUGGAUCUCAUAGACCUAGAAGAUGAAACCAUCGAUGCUGAAGUGAUGAACUCAUUGGCUGUGACCAUGGAUGACUUCAGGUGGGCUCUGAGCCAGAGCAACCCUUCUGCUCUUCGGGAGACUGUGGUAGAGGUCCCACAAGUUACCUGGGAAGAUAUUGGUGGUCUAGAAGAUGUAAAGAGAGAACUCCAGGAGCUUGUACAGUAUCCUGUGGAGCACCCAGACAAGUUCCUCAAAUUUGGCAUGACCCCUUCAAAAGGGGUUCUGUUCUAUGGCCCACCUGGUUGUGGUAAGACACUGUUGGCCAAAGCCAUUGCCAAUGAAUGCCAGGCAAACUUCAUUUCCAUCAAGGGGCCGGAACUGCUCACCAUGUGGUUUGGCGAGUCUGAGGCCAACGUGCGCGAGAUCUUUGACAAGGCUCGCCAAGCAGCCCCUUGUGUGCUCUUCUUUGAUGAGCUGGACUCCAUUGCCAAGGCCCGAGGUGGGAAUAUUGGCGAUGGUGGUGGUGCUGCAGACCGUGUCAUCAACCAGAUCCUGACAGAGAUGGACGGCAUGUCCACCAAGAAAAACGUCUUCAUCAUCGGUGCCACCAACAGGCGCCUGGAUCAGCUCAUCUACAUCCCCCUGCCUGAUGAGAAGUCACGUGUUGCAAUUCUCAAGGCCAACCUGAGGAAAUCACCAGUUGCCAAGGAUGUCGAUCUGGAUUUCCUGGCUAAGAUGACCAAUGGCUUUUCGGGGGCUGACCUCACAGAGAUUUGCCAGCGUGCCUGCAAACUGGCAAUCCGCGAGUCCAUCGAAAGCGAGAUCAGGCGAGAGCGCGAGAGGCAGACCAACCCUUCCGCCAUGGAAGUGGAGGAGGACGAUCCAGUUCCCGAGAUCCGCAGGGAUCACUUUGAGGAGGCCAUGCGCUUUGCUCGCCUCAACGCCAUCAGGAAAUGCGAGAUGUUUGCACAGACUCUACAGCAGAGCCGUGGCUUUGGCAGUUUCAGGUACCC